UCUGACCUAUUCCCCACAGCACUGUGACACUGAAGUGCAGCAGCAGGUGCCCGGUACUGGCCCAGGCUGCCUCCUGCCCUGCAGCUCAAAGCUGAGCUCCCGCAAAGACCUGCUAUCACUGAUCUGAGAGGGAAGGAAACACCACUGGAGACACCAUGCGUGAGUGCAUCUCUAUUCAUGUCGGCCAGGCUGGAGUUCAGAUAGGAAAUGCGUGCUGGGAACUCUUCUGCCUGGAGCAUGGCAUUCAGCCAGAUGGCACCUUCACGGACCAGCACAGUCAACUCAACUACGAUGACUCUUUUACCACAUUUUUCAAUGAAACAGUCACUGGGAAGCAUGUGCCACGAGCUGUAAUGGUGGAUUUGGAACCAACUGUGGUAGAUGAAGUGCGGGCUGGCACCUUCCGACAGCUUUUUCAUCCAGAACAACUGAUCACUGGAAAGGAAGAUGCAGCUAAUAACUACGCCCGUGGCCACUACACCAUUGGCAAAGAAAGCAUCGAUGUGGUACUUGAUCGUGUUCGUAAGCUGACAGAUGCCUGUUCUGGACUACAGGGAUUCUUGAUCUUCCACAGCUUUGGUGGAGGCACUGGCUCUGGCUUUACCUCCUUGCUGAUGGAGCGCCUCUCUGUGGAUUAUGGAAAGAAGUCCAAACUAGAGUUUGCCAUCUACCCAGCCCCUCAGGUCUCCACCGCUGUGGUGGAACCAUACAAUUCUAUCCUCACCACACACACCACCCUGGAACACUCAGACUGUGCCUUCAUGGUGGACAAUGAGGCCAUAUAUGAUAUCUGUCGCAGAAACCUGGACAUUGAGCGCCCCACUUACACUAACCUCAACCGCCUCAUCAGCCAGAUUGUCUCCUCCAUCACCGCCUCGCUGCGCUUUGAUGGUGCCCUCAAUGUGGAUCUGACAGAAUUCCAGACAAACCUGGUUCCCUACCCACGCAUCCACUUCCCCUUAGUGACCUACGCCCCCAUCAUCUCUUCUGACAGAGCAUAUCACGAGCAGCUCUCAGUGGCUGAAAUCACCAGCUCCUGCUUUGAGCCCAACAACCAGAUGGUGAAGUGUGACCCGCGACAUGGGAAAUACAUGGCUUGCUGCAUGCUCUACCGAGGUGAUGUAGUUCCCAAAGAUGUCAAUGUAGCAAUUGCUGCCAUCAAGACCAAGAGAAAUAUCCAGUUUGUUGACUGGUGUCCAACAGGCUUCAAGGUUGGGAUCAACUAUCAGCCUCCCACAGUAGUCCCUGGCGGAGACCUCGCCCAGGUUCAGCGAGCGGUCUGCAUGCUGAGCAACACCACAGCCAUUGCAGAGGCCUGGGCAAGGCUCGACCACAAGUUCGAUCUGAUGUACGCCAAGAGAGCAUUUGUGCACUGGUAUGUGGGUGAAGGUAUGGAGGAAGGGGAAUUUGCAGAGGCUCGUGAGGACCUAGCUGCCCUGGAGAAGGACUAUGAAGAAGUGGGAACGGACUCAUUUGAAGAAGAAAAUGAUGGGGAGGAAUUUUAAAAUAUACUUUGCUCCUAGUGAGCACAGAAUUGUCUCUGUAUCCUUGUAUUGCAUGUCUACCAUUAUGUCACCCCUUUGUGUGCAAUAUACAGAAAUAUAGAAGGGGUCAUGUAAGGACAUUUUUUAUUCCAUAAACCACAAGUAAAUUGCACUGUAAGAUAUGAUCAGUUGUACUAAUGAUGUCCCACCACUCCCAGCAACGCACUAAGUGUUGCUCUCAUUCCUUGCACAUUUAAUGUAAGCUUCUUCAAGCUCUAAUAUGAGGUAAAAACACUAUAAUCCAAUAUAUACAAGCUUAAAAUGGAGAACAGUGAAACAGCAUAGAUUUCAAAUCUCAAAUUUGACUUUUGUUUGUUGGCAUUGCAAAAAUAAUGGAGAAAUGGAUCCUCUGCUCUGUGGUUUACUAUCCUCUGUUUCUUUGAAACACCAUUUCUGAUAAAACAAACAUUUUAAU